AUGAAAUUCGCCCACUUUACAGCUGCAGCUACCACUUUAUUCGGGUUGUCCUUGGCUCAAGUUAAGUACGACUAUGUACACGUUACUCAUUACGUUACUGCUGGUGCCGACGAAGGAGAAUCAACCCCAACUGAAACUACUGAAGCACCUUCUGCUUCAACCUGGGUCUUUUCCACAAAUAUUUUGGGUCAAGAUAUCGCUUUUACCACUGUUGUUUCCGACUAUGACCAAGCCAAUGCUACCUUGUACCGUCAAAACUUGGUUAUCCAAAGUGGUGACUCAUUGACUACUCAAAAAUUGGCUGUCAUUGCCAAGCCAAGCACUUUGGUCACUUCCACUUUGUCUGAUGAAGCUUCUACUGAAUCAGAUGAGGCUAUCAUUUCAUUCACUGCUUCAUCUGAGACUUCACAACCAACCCAACAAUCAGUAGAGGCCACAAGCACAACUUCAUCAUCUACUGCUCAAGAAUCAUCUGCCCCAGCAACUUCCUCAUCUACUGCUCAAGGAUCAUCUGCCCCAGCAACUUCCUCAUCAUCCUCUGCAGCAGCAUCUUCAUCGUCAUCUUCAUCAAGCGGUGACUUUGGUAAUGUUCAAGAUGAAUCAUUCUCCAAAGACAUCCUUGAUGCCCACAACUCCAAGCGUGCCGCUCAUGGGGUAUCGGCAUUGUCAUGGGAUCAAGAUGCUUACCAAUACGCACAAAACUACGCUGACGAAUACUCAUGUUCUGGAAACUUGAAACACUCGGGUGGUAAGUAUGGUGAGAACUUGGCCGUUGGAUACAGCAGCGGCUCAAGUGCCGUUGAAGCUUGGUAUGAUGAGGGUAGCAGUUAUGAUUAUUCUACUGCUUCCACUUUUGAUCAUUUUACACAAGUCGUUUGGAAAAGCACAACCAAAGUCGGAUGUGCUUAUAAGGAUUGUAGUGCUGAAAACUGGGGAAAAUACAUCAUUUGUUCAUAUGACCCCGCCGGUAAUAUUAUCGGCGAGGGCAAAGCCAAUGUGUUGUCUUCUUAG